UUCCUACGCGAAGCUGAUGUGUCUUUUCCGGAAUGCGAAAUAAUGCGCACUGCAAUAUAGUCAUGCGAGCUUUUCUUUUGUAUGAUUUGUACAGUUCUUCAGAUUAUUUUUUCUGUACAUUAACAUCAUUGAACAGUCACUGAAGAUGGGAAUAACAGUCAAAUAGCAGUGCUUACUGAGCGAGUAAAAAAUACAUAAUUUAUUCACUGAACCCAAGAUGGCGGCGGUGUGAAACAGAAGCUUUCGGCGACAUCAGCAACUUUUUUUUGGAGAACAACCGUCAUGAAACGACAACAAGAUCGUGAUGCUUCUCCGAGAAGCAAACGGUCACGUUCUUCAUAUUCAUUACCCGAUCACGACUCCAUCCGCGACAGAUUGAGUCCUGAAUUCGAUCGGCGUGAGAGGGGUGGGAAGUUCAACAAAUCGUAUCCUCCACGUCGGGAUGACUUUGACCGUGGAGAGAUGGAUCACCCACGUAAACACUUCAGAAACGAUCGAAUGAUGGAUCAGGGGGGGUAUGCUCAAAGUCGUGAUCAGUCGAAAUCUCACGAUUACAGGUCACUGUGUAUAAGUAGUAUUCCAAGCAAAAUCCCUGAUCCAUUGUUGAGAGAUACCCUGCUUCAGGAAUUCAAAAAGUACGGGGAAAUGAACGUGAAAAUUACUGUUUCAGGAGAUCAGAGAGUGGCAUAUGUAAACUUCCGUUACCCAGAACACGCUCGUGUUGCAAAACAUGCAAAAGCUAAGCUUGUUUUGUUUGAUCGUCAAGUUAGAGUGGACCCAGUUUUCAAUAAGCGAACACGUAGCAACAGUCCAAAUAGUGAAUAUAAUAAUCGUGAUAUGUUCUAUGGCCAUGCAAGUCGCAUGGGGUCAGGUGGCUCUCCUCCCCCACCCCACAUGAUGGGAAAUAGACGCGGUGGGGGUAGAGGUGGUGGGGGUGACAGACCCAUUCAGCCAGCCAGAGAGUUUGUUCCAAGAGGGGAUGCUGCAGCCUUUGCUGCUGCUGCUGCUGUGGCCGCCGCUGCCGGACAACCGCUUGAUCGUCCUCGUGCACCAAAUGAGAAAUUUCCUCAUCAUUUAGAUCAUGUUGAUCCUGAGUUUGAUGAUAAGGCAACAAGAACAUUGUUCGUGGGAAAUCUGGAUGUGAAUAUUACUGAUGGUGAAUUGAGACGGAUAUUUGAAAAGUAUGGGAGUGUGGAAGACAUAGAUAUUAAAAGACCCCAAAGAGGUCAGGGUAAUGCAUAUGCAUUCAUUAAAUUUAUUAAUCUAGAUUGUGCACACAAGUCAAAGGUGGAUAUGUCUGGAAAAUAUAUUGGAAAGUUCCAGUGUAAAAUUGGUUAUGGAAAGGUGACUCCUACAACUUGUUUGUGGGUAGGUGGGCUUGGUCCUUGGGUGAGUUAUGAUACACUUGAAAGAGAAUUUGAUAGAUUUGGUGCGAUUCAUAGGAUAGAGUGGCCUCAUGGAAAAAAUUAUGCUUAUGUAUUGUAUGAUGGGGUUGAUGCUGCAACUGCAGCAUGUCAGGACAUGCGUGGGUGGCCCAUGGGAGGACACAACCGGCGUCUUCGAGUGGAUUUUGCUGACCCCAACACGAUCGCUGCUAAUGUCUCCGAGCAAGACAGCCCAUACCAGGAACAGGGACGAGGUUUCGAAGUUGGAGAAAAGGGAGGUCCAUGGAAGGGCCAAGGUUCCGAUGGUCAAGGUGACCGGAGAUCUCGCCGUGAUGAUUGGCAUAUCGCUGGUGGUGAUCCAAUGAAUGCAUAUCGCAAUCCUGACAAUCCACGUGAUUCCGAACGGAGGAGAGACGAUUGGGAUCGAUUAAGUGACCACAGUGAUCGUCUGAGACGACCUAGAUCUCCGGGUGAGCUUGGUAUUCAUCGUUCUGGGAGGUCAAGGUCACCAGACAGACCUCGUGAGUUUAUUGGGCGUGACGGAAUCAAGGACCAUGAUGCUUUGCGUCGGACUAGUGGUGAAUCAGGGAAAGAGUGUGAUGAAAGAAUGGGACGGAAUGGGCGGAGACUUGAAGGUGACAAGGAGCUCAAUAUUUCUGACCAUGUUGGUUCAUUGUCUGAUUUAGCUAAAUGUUUACCUGUUGCUUGGAAUGGUGCAUUGAUACUUAAAAGUAGUUCAUUCGCUGCUCGUAUGCAUGUGGUUAGCGGGGAUGUGACAAUAGUGGACAAUUUGAUGAGAGACCCAACAACAACAGAAUCUCCAGUUCUCAAAAUUACUCAACGUCUCCGAUUAGAUCAGCCCAAACUGGAUGAUGUAGGACGUCGCAUUCAGAGCUCUGGGGCACAUGGCCACUGUAUCCUGUUAGCAUUACCAAGUACUGUACAGAGCUAUGAGGACCCCAGUGGAUCCAUUCAACCAAGACCCCUCAAGAAUCUGGUAACUUACCUAAAGCAGAAGGAAGCUGCUGGUGUGAUCUCCCUCCCUCCCAACCCGUCACAGGACAAGAACAAUGUGGGUGUGCUUCAUGCGUUUCCUCCCUGCUCAUUUGGAUACAGCUUUCUCCAGAAGCGUGCACCUCAGCUCCCUGCCGAUCCUGCUAAAGAAGAUUAUUUGGUGGUUGUGGUGGUCCUUGGAGCUGCCUAGUUGGGGUUGGGAAGACCUUGUGACAGACUUGUCGUUGUUAUCUCGUUUUUAAAUUUAGAAUUUAAGUUGAUUUCGCUUCAGCCUGAGUUUGUAGGUUAAGUUCCGGUCGAAUGUUUCAUAUUUCUAUAAUUUGAGUUUUUUAUUCAGAAAUGUUGUUACGUCAAUUGAUGUAUGCCAUGAAAAACCUGUCCAGUGUCAACUGAACUAAGUCUGUGCCUCUGUUUCUAUGUUUCUAGUGGAAGCCAAAGUAGAGUUAAUACGACUGGCUGCACUGAUGAUAUUAAGCAGUCUGUCUGUAAAAGUUCAAAAUGAAGAUUUGUUUGGGCUAGAAAAGAAAAUGUUUAGCACAUACCAUAUUUAUGAUCAUUGUGAAAACCAAGAGAAAACACCGCUGAAUCUUUCGCAUAGUGUGUAUUGAUUUAUACUUUAUUUUUACAACCAACCUUGUGAUUUACUUAGACUUUUGCGCUGAGAAACAUUGAUACCCUUGACAUACUUUCAUUUGUCAUUCUAAGAAAUUAUGAAAAUUGAUCAUGCAAUAAUUGUUUGUUAUGUAAAGGUGCCAUAUGUCGGGACAUUAUUCUUAGCUCUGAAUGUUGUCACAGAGAUUGAGACCGGAUCAUUAGCUUCAUCACGUUGAAGCGUUGCGUUCCUCCUGUUUAUGCAAUAGGUGUAGGGUGUUUGGGUGUACCUGGCAAGACGCACCUGUAGAAUGUGUAGUAGUGCAGGGAUGAGGAGUACACAGCAACAUGUGUGUUUAAAGAGUUUCUGGUUUCCCAAGUGUUUGUAUAAAGUAAGUGAUGGAUCAUUAAUCAACAUCAAUUGUGACAAUUCCAGUUUUUUUGUUGUAAUUUGGUUAUUUUAUAAGAGCAUUUACAUGGUUUUGUAUGAUAAUUCACAGAAAUAAAGCAUGACAGCUUGACCAAAGCUUAUUAAAGUAAUCUCUAUUACAAAUAAUGACUGAAGUAUACUUUGUUAACUUAUAAAAUGCAGUGAGCUCCUUCUGUAUAAAUUGGAAUGUUGGUGGAUAUUUAUUAUUUCUAAAGUUGAAAAUGAUUCGUUUUGACAAAAUAAUGAUAAGUUUAAAGGAUUGUUAUUUUUUGUUAAAUAACCAAAAAGAAAAUUUUCUUUGGAUAUUGUUACCUGGUUUUUGGUUUUGUGAGAUAUCCAAAUUUCCAUGUCUCGCCAGAUGGAGCUAACUUUGUUACAUUCCCAAAAUAUGUGUAUAAGAUCUUCUUUCGAACAGUAGCUACAACUUGUACUGUCCACAUAUCCCAUUUAUUCAGAAGACAGUUUGUUAGCGAUAUAUGAUUUAAAAUUUGAAACGGAAACCAUUGUAGUUCACUCACGCUCGUACACCUAAACAGGAUUGAAUUGAUCAUCUUCUUGACUUGUUCUUCAAUAUCCUGUCCAAGUUCUGACUCCGUUUUAGCAAAAUGAUUAUUUCCCUCACAUAUAUCUUUAAUAAGUAUUUUAUAGAAAUACUGUGAACCUGUCUUUUGUUUGUUCAGAUGAUGUAUAUGAAAUGGUAAGAAGGGAGAUUGUAGGGUAAUUGCAAUUGUGACAAUUGAUGUUAUUUGACCAUGUUCGUUUUGUUUUCAAACAAAAGCUGUCAAGUAGCUGGUUAAUGUGAGACAGGUGCUUCAUCGUUAAGACACCGCGCAUGAUGCAGUUUUUAAGGCACUGUGGUUGAUGCAGUUUCCUUUAUUCCACAAAGCAUGAUUUGGCAAGAAUUGCAAGAAUUUACUGUUUCAGAAUCAUCUCUGUAUACUUGUUCAGCCUAAUUGAUAAACUAAAAAGAACAUGAUAUAUGUCUAUAUCUUGUAAACUUAAGUUCUGUAACAAUCUGUCAUUUGAGCCAGGAACAAAAGAAAGCAUACAGGCCCUGAACUUGUAAAACUUGCUCCUUGAAGAAGUGUUGUUUUCAUGCGGAAGUCUUCUUAUCAGAUCCAGGUGACUGGUUCCGAACAAACAUGUUUACAGUCACUUCUAUUAUUUUUAAUCUUCUUUUUUUUCAUUAUGUUUGGGAUCUUUUUAAAUAACCGAUGAAGCCGAAAAAAGAAUAUUUCUUUUGGUGGGGUGAGGCACUGUUUACAUGAUAUACUUUUUUUAUUGCCCAAUUGCAAUGAUUAGGGAAGCAGUAUUUGUCACUGCGGGCACAUUGUGCUGGGCAAGUUUUAUGGUUAGAGAUGAUAAUGAACAAUGAUGGAAUUACCAACAGGUUGCUGAUUUUUUUUGGGAUGUUCUCAACAGAAACUAAAUUCACUUGUUUUUCCUGCUUCGUGAUCUUUUGACAAGGUCCCUCAGUUACCAGCGCACUCCUUAAGAGGUCUGCUGUUGCCAUGGUUACAUUAUAAACACACUGCACAUGUUGCAUGUUACUGGUUGAUUGUUUUCUGAUAAUUUUUAAGUUUUGAGACUUCAGGGUUCUUGUUAUGCUCUGUUUAUACGAUUGUACAUAGCAGAUGUCAGUUGUAGACUGCGAGCAGGUGGACAUUCUGCUGACUCAGCACAUUCAGUGAAUUGUAGAUACUAUUGCUGGUACUGAUACUACUGCUAGUACUGAUACUACUGCUAAUACUGAUUUGGUAUGCAACUCUGUAUUUGUAUCUUUAUAAAGAUUUUGUUUUAGUUUUUACAAUGAUGUCGAAUAGUGGAAGAGUUCCAUUUUAAUUCUGGUGAGAAUGAAUUUAUUUAUGUCACAGUUUGUAAUUGUUUUAGAAUGUUCUGUAUGUUUUCUUAUAUCAAUGCCUAAGCAGCUAGAGCAGUGUCUCCGUCGUCUGUCACAUCUUCCCCUCCUGGUGCUGCAGCUACAUCGACAUACAGUACGUCAUUUAAGUCAACCAGCUAGCCUGUUGGAUCCUGUUGAGGUUCAUCAAAGACACAGUUUCAGAGGAGAGAUCGUCUGUGAGGAUUCUGAAUAUAGAAGACAUAAAUACUGGGAAUUGAUUCUGAAAUAUGGAUGUGUGAAAACUGUGCCAAAUGGUGAAUUGGAAAGGAAAGCUUCUAUGAGCCAAAUAUUCCUUGUGACGUGGUUAUUCAACCCAACCACUGUGUGUGGGACUGAACAGUGUGUUCCAUGAACUGCCAUUCCAAGCAGUGGAAGCCAUUUGAAGAAAUUGUUCAUGGGAAGUGUCACACGAAUCUCGCCAAGCGUUAGUUUGUUUUAUACAGUGUUUGCAAGGGUUGUUGUGUAGUUCCACACAGAACAAUUUUCAACAAUGACAACGUUUAGAUUUCUUAGUGGAUGGAACUUUCUUUUCCAGCAGAAAGUAUGCCAAUUAGGAAGUUCUCCACAAUGAACUCAAUUUUGUGAAAAAACGAAAGAAGUGUUUCGGAAAUUCAUUGGUUUGGGGGAAAAUGAGCUGAUUCACUGUGUUCAAAAUUAAUUACAAGAUGUUGUCAAAGUUGGAAAUUAGAAUGCUGGAAAAUGUUCACGGAGACAGCAGUGUAGGAUGUGUUGAAAGUGAUGAAUCUAGCUACCGGUUCUGCUGCCAUGGUUUAUGUUGGUUUAGGGCUUACAGUUAUUCAGCUUGUAGUGUGAAGAGGCGCUUUCCCCGAUGAUCGCAAGAUAAUAUGUGUUGUGUAUUAAGUGCAUGGCAUACUGAUUAAUAUAUAGCCUGUGUUUUUGUGAGUAUUUCUCAGUCCGGAAGGAGCCAUGUUGGAUCAAGAAAUUUGAAUUAAUUAUAUUUUGUGGACAAGUGCUUCAAUAUUGUGACAGGUGGUUUUUACUUGUGAUUGUUGCUUCCGCAAGUGAUGUGUACUCAUUCUUUUAGGUAUGUGAAAUAAACGUACAUGUGUGAAAUUAA